GGCUCCGGACCUCACUUGGCCCAGUCCAUCUUGAACUGACCAAUAACUCGUGACAAGCGAACAACAUAUCGGUACAAUGGUGGUCAAACUCCAAGUAUAUAAGAAGAGCUCUCCCAAUGGAAAGAUCACGAUGUACCUGGCCAGGAGGGACUACAUCGACCACGCCACGCACGUCGAUCCCAUCGAGGGCGUGGUCUCGCUGGACCCGAACUACGUGCAGAGCCGCAACGUGUACGUGCAGAUCGUGUUGCAGUUCCGAUUCGGCCGCGAAGACGAUGAAUCGAUGGGCUACACCUUUCUGAAGACGCUAUACAUCGGCAACACACAGGUGUACCCUCCAGUAACCGAUAUUACGGCGUCGGAGAUACAGAGGAACCUCAUGGCCAAGCUGGGCAACUUCGCCUUCGCCUUCAGUAUUGAUUUCCCGAUGCUGGCCUCGCCCUCCUAUUCCCUGCAGCAGGGCAGGGACGACAUGGGUGCGCUCAUGGGCCUCGAGUACGAGCUCAUGGCCUACGUGGGCGCCAACGAGAGCGAUAUCCACAAGAGGAGCACCUCACGCCUCUCGGUGCGCCGUCUCGUGGAGUGCCCGAAGGCCCUGUACCAGAUGCCUCCUCCCCGCAGCAGCCUCUCGAAGACCUUCUUCACCUGCUCGGGCGCCCUCUGCAUCCGGGCCAGCCUGCCCGCCCCCGUGUUCCGCCCGGGCGAAAACGUCCCCGUCAGCAUUAUCAUCAAGAAUCAGACGUCGCGGGAGGUGAAGAGGCUCAAGGUGAAGGUGGUUCAGCAGGCGCAAGUACCGAUGUUCAGCCUGAAAGAGGUGAAGGAACAAACUCUCAUUAAGACAGACGAGCCGAUCACCUUGGCUCCCGGGGUGUCGGUCGAGCGUAACGUCACACUCAUGGUCACGGCACCUUCUAAGACGAAGCAUGGCGAAGUGUUCCUGCAGGCAAAGGCGAAAUCCGAAGACCCCGACGUCCUGGCUCCCUCUACCAUCCCCAACCCGAACGUGGACUUCGCCGACAUCUUCGGCAUCCACGUGAACUACGUCGUCAGAGUAAAGGCCGUGUUCGGGGCGCUGACGGGCGACGCCGUUCUCGACCUGCCCUUCACGCUGGCCAUCGAGCGCUAGAAAAGACGUCGGCGCCAUCUUCUUCCUCCGCUGCGACAUCACAGGCCUUUACCAUUACGUCUCUGCCUCUUGAUUUCUCCAAGAAGGUUUAAGAAUGUCCGUGAAAGUCAAAAACAGUCUCAUUGCGUAAUACUUCUUAACAUUAUUUGAAUUUAAGACUCUUUCGCAAGAAAGCCUUUCGAAAGCGGUGGAGAGCGAGAAGGAAAAUCUGGUGUCGUUUUGUUUGUUUCUUUUCGUCUGGAAGCCUGAAAGACACAACUUUGUGAUUAUUUAUGUAUCCACCUCCCAUGCGGAAGGAGACUUUUUGUCAUUUUUACAUCAAUAUCAACGAAAUGAUACUGAUUCCAUUUCCCGUCUUUCAUAAAGAUCAUCAAUAUCUACCUUUUGGCGUUAUCCUUAUAAAACCCUGGUCAUAUAUCUGAACGAGGUUGCUAUAAGAUUUAUCAUCUAUAAUAUUAUUAUCAAAAUAUGAAAUGAAAUUCACUUUAUUGCCUUACUAUUACUGUAAUUGCUAUUGCCUUUAUCAACCUUAUUGUUAAUAAUCAUUCCCCUAAUAACAGCAUUGUGUUACCACUGUUAGUGCAUUGUUAUGGUGUAUGUAACCAAUAAGUUCUUAUAAAUGGUGUCUUAUAAAAAGAC